AUGCCGAGUUUAGGGUUUCUGAAGAAGAAACGGACGAGGGAGGAUAAAACCGACCCGUCCUCUAGUCAGCCCACAAGCCCAGUUACGCCAGUAACCCCCACGAGACCUUUCGAGAGCUUCAACACCAUCCCUGCUAAGUCGACGUCCAAUACCAGCGCCUUGACGCAGCCUCCAUCAACCAGUCAAAGCAACGAGACACUGGUGCCAGCUGGUGGAGGGCCCCAAAUGAAUCCACCGGCUGCCCAUCAAGCUACCCAUCAAGCUGUUCCGUAUGGGAUCCAGCAAUCACCAAGUCCGGGUCACAUGGUAACUCCACACAACUUACCAAGUAUCAAUAACCUCAUCAAUUUACCUCAAACAGACGGCCAUCAUGGCACACCGCCACCGCAGCCACAAGCACAGGUCCAGGUGCCGCAACAAGUUCCAGCAUACGCGUCAGAAGUACGAGUAACAAAAGGCAAAUACUCGCUCACUGACUUUGAUUUGUUACGGACAUUGGGAACAGGGAGCUUUGGCCGAGUUCACUUAGUGCAAUCAAAGCACAACCAACGGUUUUAUGCUGUCAAGGUCUUGAAGAAGGCCCAGGUUGUCAAGAUGAAGCAGGUCGAGCACACGAAUGACGAGAGGCGAAUGCUAGGAGAAGUGAAACACCCCUUUCUCAUCACGCUGUGGGGUACCUUUCAGGAUGCCAGGAACCUUUACAUGGUCAUGGACUUUGUCGAAGGUGGCGAGUUAUUCUCUCUCCUGAGAAAGUCGGGGCGGUUCCCUAACCCCGUGGCCAAGUUUUAUGCUGCAGAAGUGACGCUUGCGCUUGAAUAUCUCCACUCGAGAAACAUUAUCUAUCGAGAUCUAAAGCCCGAGAACUUACUCCUGGAUCGCCAUGGACACCUCAAAAUAACAGAUUUUGGCUUCGCGAAGCGAGUCCCAGACAAGACGUGGACAUUAUGUGGCACCCCAGAUUAUUUGGCCCCGGAAGUGGUUUCUAAUAAAGGCUAUAACAAAUCAGUCGAUUGGUGGUCUCUUGGUAUCUUAAUCUACGAAAUGCUCUGUGGCUAUACCCCGUUUUGGGAUAGCGGCUCUCCAAUGAAGAUAUAUGAAAACAUUCUCCGAGGCAAGGUGAAGUACCCGGCAUAUGUACAUCCAGAUGCCCAAGACCUUCUAGAACGGCUCAUCACGCCUGAUCUGACUAAAAGGCUGGGUAACUUGUAUGGCGGUCCCCAGGAUGUGAAGGAUCACCCGUGGUUUUCGGAAGUUACUUGGGAUAGGUUAUCCAGGAAAGACAUUGAUGCGCCUUAUACGCCUCCCGUCAAAGCUGGAUCUGGUGACGCGAGUCAAUUUGAUCGGUACCCAGAAGAAACAGAGAAGUAUGGCCAGGGAGGGCACGAUGAGUAUGGUAACUUGUUCACGGAAUUCUGAUUGCUCCCAGUUGGUUGGGGCAAGAGUACACAAAUAUUUUAUACACGUAUCCCUUAGUUUAUUCACUUAUUGCGCCGCGGCAGCCUCACUCUAGCCCGCUCCCAUUGUCAGCAGUCACGGACGCCAGACAGCCGCAUUACCGAAAGCUACGACUAAGCCGUUUUACGCGGGCUUGAGCUAUGUAUUAACUCCUGGGGUAACAAACUGCUCGGAAUGGCGUUAGAUGAACAGGGCUAAAAUGGGGCUGCUACGCCC